AUGACUGAACAGAGUCCUAGACCAAUCAAACGACUAGAAACGUCUGUCGUCAACCGCAUUGCAGCCGGAGAAAUCAUCGUGCAACCAGCGAACGCGUUAAAGGAAAUGCUAGAGAAUAGUAUAGAUGCUGGUUCAUCACAUAUAGACGUUUUAAUUAAAGAAGGAGGGUUUAAGUUGCUUCAAAUAUCAGACAAUGGUUGUGGUAUUGACAAGGAAGAUCUUCCAUUACUAUGCGAGAGGUUUGCCACAUCUAAGAUCACUUCCUUUGAAGACCUCAAUCGGAUCUCAACUUACGGGUUUCGAGGCGAGGCUCUCGCUAGUAUAUCACACAUUUCACGGGUUUCUGUUGUCACCAAAACGAAAAAGGCACCAUUGGCAUACCGUGCUUACUAUACCAAUGGGAACUUGACCACUUCGACGUUUCAACAAGCUGAUAACGUUGACCCUAAACCAACAGCAGGGAAGAAUGGGACCCAGAUUCUGGUAGAAGAUUUGUUCUAUAAUGUUCCUGCCCGACUCAAGACACUUCGUUCCAAGGGAGAAGAGUUAUCGAAAAUUGUGGAUGUCGUGGGUCGAUAUGCUGUGCAUGUUGGCGGUGUUGGCAUAAAUUGUAAACGGUUCGGAGAGCCAUUUAAUUUGGUCAGUACUCGAAUAGGAAUGUCUCUUGAGGAUAGGAUAAGAGCAGUAUUUGGCAACGAUAUUGCUAAUGAGUUGAUAAAGCUUGAAUUGACUAAUAAUGAUAAUAGAAAUGAAUUGAAAUCAAAGUAUGGCCUUUUUGGAGUUACUGGUGUGAUUACAAACUCCAAUUUCAAUAAUAAGAAACGGAUUCAACCAGUUUUUUUUAUAAACAAUCGUUUGGUAUCUUGUGAGCCUUUGAAAAGGGCAAUCCAAUCGGUAGUCAACAUCUUCUUACCGAAACACGCUAUGCCUUUUACUUAUUUGAGCAUUGAACUCGAUCCUCAGAACUUGGACGUAAAUAUCCACCCAACCAAGAGAGAAGUGCGCUUUCUACAUGAAGAAGAGAUCAUCGAUGCUAUAAGUGAACUAAUACACACAGCGAUGUCUAGCGUGGACAAAUCUAGGAAAUUCAAGACUCAAAGAAUUAUAAGUGGUCGUGAACCCGCAUAUACACUGGACUCUACAACAACUAGCACGAAAAAACCAAGACAGGAAAAUAAGCUUGUUAGGGUUGAUUCCCAACAAUCCCGUUUGAGGUCUUUUCUUCAUAAGGUCGAUGGCGAGUCGUUCAAGAGACUGAUUGUCAGCGAGUUCUCACUUGCGAAGGAAGAAUUAUCAAAUACCACCCAAGAUUCCCUAUUUGUACAGGAAGCGAAUGUGAGCGAAGAGAUCAAUAAAGAUCAGAAGUCGGCACCCUGUCAAGCGGUUGAGCCUAAUAAUGGCAUACAGGAUCAUAUUCCCGAGGAGGACGACGAUAUACAUAGCCGUGAUACCGAGGGUCCUGCUGAAGAAAUCACUGGCUUCUCUAAGCAAAUCAACGAGAUUGAGUUAAAUAAGAAACCUUCGACUCACGAUAACGAACUUGACAACGAAAAUAUAAGUCCUGAAUUUGAACAGGAUAUUCCUACAACGGUGAAAAGACGUAAGAUCAUCAAUGGUGAUUCAAAUCUCAUAAUCACCGAUAGAAAACGAUUUAAUGUGAACUUAGACAGUAUUAAAAGUCUUCGAACCGAAGUUAACGAAUACUGCAAUCGACCGUUAACAGAGAUAUUCACGUCGUUAUCAUUUGUGGGGAUAGUAGAUGAAGAAAAACGGUUAUGUUGUUUCCAACAUGACGUGAAACUCUUUCUAUGUGACUAUGGAGUAGUGCUCCGGGAAUUCUAUUAUCAGGUUGCACUCACUGAGUUUUAUAACUAUGGAGAGUAUACGCUUUCUCAGCCAAUCGUUUUGGAACAGUUGCUAGAUGUCUUAAAGUUGUCCCGCCACGAAGGUGAGUUACAAGCGAAUGAUGAAGUAAUAAAGACAAUUAUGAAUAUGAAGCAAAUGUUUUAUGAGUAUUUCCGGUUAACAUUUACAGAAGAUGACGAUGGUCAACUGGUGAUAACUACCAUUCCAAUGCUUUUGAAAGAGAUUAAGCCCAAUUUAAACAAGCUUCCUUACUUUAUUUACAGAUUGGGAACCAAAAUCAACUACAACGAAGAACGCGAAUGUUUGAAAGGAAUAUUAAAGCAAUUGGCGUUGUUUUAUGUACCUGAACCAGUAUUGCUUACAGGCAGCUGUACUGAAGAAGACCAAGCAUACAGUAAAUUGGAACGAGAUAAAACAGAGAAUACCCUUGAACAUAUCUUGUUCCCCAAAGUCAAGCAAAGGUUUGUGGCGACUAAUGAUAUUAAGGAUUCGGUGAUACAAAUAGCCGAUUUACCAGGUUUAUACCGAGUGUUUGAAAGAUGUUAG